AUUUCUAAUCUGUGGUACACAGGUCACUGUCAAACAAAAUUCUAGUACAAAAAUACGAAAGCGUCACACGUUGCCUUGUCUAAUUUUAUCAAAAUAAGCAAUAAAAUGAAACCUGUACUUGAUAUCGAUUCGUUAAGAUCAGAACACGAGUCUGACGAGCAAUGGGAAGUGAGGAACUUCAUGGAGGAACACAAAGGGGACUUUGAAGAAGGCGAACUAAUUACAUUGGCGCAGUUGUUUACAAAUAUCGAGUUUUUGGGUUGUCGAUACCCACCAGCAACAAUGCAAAGAAUAGCAAAAUUAUCAGAAAAAGUUUCUGCUAAAUACAGAGAAAGCAGAAAGAACAAACUGAAGAGGACCUUCGUACAAGCCAGUGACGCCGCCGAGCAGAAAGCUAAAAGGAGUUUCACUAAAUAGUUGUGUUAGGUACUUGUGGGGUGGUUAUAUUGUCAUGGUGCAAAGGAAAGUUGUAACUGCAGUUGCAAAUAGCAGAAUGAUUGAGGACAACUCCAUUGAUUCCUAAUCUAGUAUAAAAUGAAAAUUGAAAAAAAAAAUAGUAAAAAAAUCUAUAAACCCAUGUUUUUAAAUGUCACUCAAUUGAU